GACUGCGACUCCCAGUCAGUUCAGUCCGAGACGAGCAGCCCAGCACGCAGCACGCCGCGGCCUGCCUUCCCUGCACGCGCCUGCACGCACCGACGCACGCCGUCGUACGGACCCCCUCGCACGCACCAGCGCACGCCUAGCAGCCAUGGCACGACACCCGGCCCUCGUCUGCGCUCUUGUCGUGGUCGCCGCGCUGGCAUUCGCGAGUGGACAGCGCAUCACGACCAUCCAGCUGGACGGCGUGCAGUACUUCGUCAGCCGCAUGAACCCCUACUCCCCGGAGCUCAACUACUUCCUGGCCUACCAGUACUGCCGCUCGCUCGGCCUGCAGCUCACGUCCUUCGAGUCCAAGGAGAAGUCGGACUCCAUCACGCAGUACCUCCGCAACGCAGGUUACAACCAGUAUGACUUCUGGACGUCGGGCAACCGCCUGGGCACGGACAUGUUCCUCUGGAUGAGCACCGGCCUGCCGUUCAACGCCACCUUCGACCUCAUGAACCAGGCCGCCGACGGCGAGGCCGCGCCCCCGGGCCCCCAGGACGCCGUGGUCAUGACCAGCGAGCAGCCCGCCCCGCUCCUCAGGCGCCCCGGCUCCGCCCGCCAGAGUAAGAGCGGCCCCAGCAGCGGCUGCGUCGCCCUGAAGGCCCCCGACCUCCGCUGGUCCGUGGACGACUGCACCAGCGUCAAGGACUUCAUCUGCGAGCAGACGCGCUGCUACUACUACAACUACGGCUCCAUCCCCGUGUCCUCCUCACAGGGGCGAAACAACAGGGACAAGCCCGUGCCCGCCACAUCGACAACCACGACCUCGACCACCACGACCACCACCACCCCCGUGCCCACCAUCGCGCCCGCGCCCACGACGGAGGCCAUCGACCUGCGCCAGGACGAUGCCAGCGACGGCAACGAGGUUCCCGCCGAGGAGGCGUCCGCCGACGUGGCCUCCGACGUGGCCUCUGACCCGGCGGCGUCCACCAGCCCACCCGCCAUCGCCGAGGAGGUCCCCGAAGAGGCGCAGCCCGACAACAGCGUCCUGGCCGGCACCGAGCCGCCCCCGCAGCCCACGGACCUGCCCGCCGCCCCCGCCCGAGCCAGGGGCAAGUUCCUCGAGCAGCCCGCCGCCCCCGGCAUCGGCUGGGGCUGGCCCGCCAACAUCAAGCUGGAGAUCCCCGUGCCCAGGCGCGUCAGCGGGGUCGCCACUGUGAACUAGACGCCACCGCACGACACCCCACGCCACGCCACGCGCCUCCCAUGGAACACCAUCACGCCUUGCAUUCACGACGACUAGAGUCACUCAUACAAUCAAUCGGACUUCAAGUUCGGAACAGCCCACGAAAUUUUGUGUCCUCUUACAGUAUUUCAACAACCUCCACUUUAAAAAAAAAUCAGAUGGAAAGACAGGGGUGAACAACACAUUUGAAUUGCCUUCUGACUAAGGUCGUGCGAAGACAUGUUGGUGUUCCACGUGACGUCACGUCACGCCGCGUCAUCCCGUGACGCCGCGUCGCAUGUCACGCCACACGGGCAGGUGUUAUCUUGUGACAUCUUUUCUCAUUUUGUUUUACCUGUAGGAUGUAAGGAAAGAGUUUUCCUGCCAGCGUAUCGUGGUUGGCCCUUAAGACUGACUGCGUUAAAUUUUUUUAAGGUUCUUAAGAACCAUCUUAUUUUUUUUACAACGAAACCCUCCCUCCACCUAUCCGUGUACAUGGAACCUUACGUAGUUUAAUUGUAUUGUUUGACUAUUGCUCUCUACUUGGAGGGCGGUGUGGUCACCAUAACCGAGAGAAUAUUGAUAGACAGAAUAGACGCAUUUUUGUACGACUUCUUUUUUUAACCAUAGUGAUGCCUUGAGCUCUGGGCUGCUGUUCUUUGACUGAAUUGCUUAAUUUAGUUUUCCCCGCCCCUGAUGGAGGGAGGGAAAACCAAUACCUUGUGAUAUCCAUUGUUUAGGGAUUAAUUAGAUUAAUCUUUGUUUAAAAUUGUACUACCAUAUUUAAAGACUACAGAGCUUGACGAGAGGUCAACAGACAUAAUUAGUCGAAAUAACGUUAGUUAAGUGUUUGACUUGAAGAGAAUUUUCACCCACAUGCCCAAUCGAUUUUUAAGAUUAAGAUAUUUAAAUAAAUAAAUGACAUAUCGUCCCCUUUCAUUCA